CUCAGGCUUAGUAGUAGCAAUACGGCAACGGCUGGCCGGGACCCCGGGGGAAGAGGAGUUGCACCAUGCGCGGCAAGUGAGGGAAAGUCUCCGCCAGCGCCGCCCGCAGAAGUUGAGGCUUUCCCCCGCCGCCCGCCGGAGUGGGAGCUGUGCCUUUAACGCCCGCUGAGCGAGGUACCUAAGGAUAAAACUGGCCUGAAGGGAAAAUCUGGGGGGAACUGGGGAGCUUGACUGUUCUUGCACCUGACCCUCUCAGCUGUCAGAUGCGGUGAUCUCCAUGGUAACUCAAACCCCCAGACUCUUGACAGCAGCCUGCGAGGAGCAGCAUUCAGCAGCUCUAGGGUCUCACGACCAGAGCGUGGAUCACACUUCUCGUAAACCUCAUCAUAUUGAGGUUGGGCUAAGAUGAGCAUAACCAGUGACGAAGUGAAUUUCUUGGUGUAUCGCUAUCUCCAGGAAUCGGGUUUCUCCCACUCGGCCUUCACCUUCGGUAUCGAGAGCCACAUCAGCCAGUCCAACAUCAACGGAACACUAGUGCCACCUGCCGCACUCAUCUCCAUCCUCCAGAAGGGGCUCCAGUAUGUGGAAGCCGAGAUCAGCAUCAACGAAGAUGGUACAGUAUUUGACGGCAGGCCAAUAGAAUCACUGUCUCUGAUAGACGCAGUGAUGCCUGAUGUUGUUCAGACCCGGCAGCAAGCGUUCAGAGAGAAACUAGCUCAGCAACAAGCCAGUGCAGCAGCAGCAGCAGCAGCAACGGCAGCAACAGCGGGAGCAACGACGACUGCUGUUUCCCAGCAGAACACACCAAAGAACGGAGAAGCCACUGUGAAUGGAGAGGAGAAUGGGGCACAUGCAAUAAAUAAUCAUUCAAAGCCAAUGGAAAUUGAUGGGGAUGUUGAAAUUCCUCCUAACAAAGCAACAGUCCUUCGGGGCCAUGAAUCAGAGGUGUUCAUCUGUGCCUGGAACCCUGUCAGUGACCUGCUAGCAUCUGGAUCCGGAGACUCAACAGCCAGAAUAUGGAAUCUCAAUGAAAACAGCAACAGUGGUUCCACUCAACUAGUUUUGAGGCACUGCAUAAGAGAAGGAGGACAUGAUGUCCCCAGCAAUAAGGAUGUGACUUCAUUGGACUGGAAUAGUGAUGGAACACUAUUGGCUACAGGCUCAUAUGAUGGUUUUGCAAGAAUAUGGACAGAAGAUGGUAACCUUGCAAGCACCUUAGGUCAACAUAAAGGUCCAAUAUUUGCCCUGAAAUGGAACAAAAAGGGGAAUUAUAUUUUAAGUGCUGGUGUUGAUAAAACAACAAUAAUUUGGGAUGCUCACACAGGAGAAGCUAAACAGCAGUUUCCUUUCCAUUCAGCUCCUGCUCUGGAUGUAGACUGGCAGAACAACACUACUUUUGCCUCCUGCAGCACUGACAUGUGCAUUCAUGUAUGCAGACUUGGCUGUGAUCGUCCCGUUAAAACCUUUCAAGGACACACAAACGAGGUUAAUGCAAUCAAGUGGGACCCAUCUGGCAUGCUACUAGCAUCUUGCUCCGAUGAUAUGACAUUAAAGAUUUGGAGUAUGAAGCAAGAUACUUGUGUACAUGAUCUUCAGGCUCACAGCAAAGAGAUUUAUACUAUCAAAUGGAGUCCUACAGGACCAGGCACCAGCAACCCGAACUCCAACAUCAUGUUAGCAAGUGCUUCGUUUGAUUCCACUGUUCGGCUGUGGGACGUUGACCGAGGAGUCUGCAUCCAUACGCUAACAAAACAUCAAGAGCCUGUCUACAGUGUAGCUUUUAGUCCUGAUGGAAAAUAUCUAGCCAGUGGGUCCUUUGACAAAUGUGUCCAUAUAUGGAAUACUCAGAGUGGAACCCUAGUACAUAGCUACCGAGGCACCGGGGGCAUCUUUGAAGUCUGCUGGAAUGCUAGAGGAGACAAAGUGGGAGCAAGCGCAUCAGACGGAUCGGUUUGUGUUCUAGAUCUGCGGAAGUAAAAGUGAAAUGUUUUAGAAGAAAUUUCAAAUGGACCAGCAGUGAAUGUGUGGGGAGAAGCACUCUUCAAAACUAUUCUUAACAGCUCCAGAACUGUACGAACUUGAACAAAGUUAGAGUGUACCGUGAAACCAACUCUCCCUGGCCACAGGUGUCUAGUAUUUUGUCCGUAACCUUCAUCAAGGAGUAAAAACACAGUCACUUCAGAGGGGGAGGGAAUGGUUUCCACCUGGAACAUUCAGCCUUGGAAGCAUGAAGCCACCAGCUAGGCAUUGCACUGUUUGGUUUGCGUCUGAGAACUUGCUCUGAUGGCUGGGAAAAAAAAGCUGUGCCAAAAAAAAUUAAUAAAAAAAAAAAAAGAAAAAUGCUGUGAUAAACCAAAAGGGAAAAAAAAUCCUCCUCCAUGCGGUGUUGUAUUUUUUCCUUCCAAUUUGGACACUACAGUCGCUCUCCCAAAGGACGUUCAAAGACCAGUUUGUACUGAUGAAAUGCUCAACUUUGUAAUCACAACACUUUCUAUUUUCUAGACUACUUUUUUUGUUCAGUGGUUUUUCUAUCAGCUGGAAUAUUACAGCCUGGAGGAUCCCAGGCUUAGGAUGAAACUUUUGUUUUCCUUUUAUUUCUCCCUUCCACUCCCAACUUCUCCUUCCUUUUUUUUCUCCUUUUUCUUCUUGCCCUUUUUUAUUCUUUUUUCCCUGUAUGCCCAUAGUAGAUGCAGCCAGGUGGACAUGACAAUGAAAA